AAUUAUCAAAACACUUAGCUCUAAUACUUUGUCCCAUUAGAAAUCGCUCAAACUCUAGACUAACUAAUUCAUAUGAGAUGAAAAGUAAGCUAAAUGACAUUCAACUAGAGAAUGAUGAAAAAAUGGUUAGUUUUGAUAUAACUAGUCUUUACACUAAUAUACCAGUCAUUAUGGCCUUAGAAGCAGUUAAAAAAGAACUAACUGCGGAUCCUGAACUGAAUCAUAGGACAAAGCUGCCCAUUGAACAAAUUAUGUUAGGGAUUCAGUUAUGUCUCACAUCUACCAUCUUUAAGUUCCAAGGCAAAAUAUAUAAACAAACAGAAGGUGUAGCAAUGGGAUCACCAAUAUCCCCUAUUGUAGCAGACAUAUUUAUGGACAGCUGGGAAAGUAGUGCUCUUAAUACGUUUAACCCCACUCCAAAAAUAUGGUGGAGAUAUGUGGAUGACACUUUCACGGUGUUAAAAACAGAACAUAUCUCUAGCUUCCUGACACAUAUAAACUCACAAGUAGAAGGAAUUAAAUUCACAUUUGAAUCAGAAAAUGAACUAGGAGAAUUAGCUAUGUUAGAUUGUAAAAUAAAACGAAUAGAAGAAGGCAAACUACACACUAGUGUUUAUAGAAAACCAACGCAUUCUAAUAGAUAUUUAGACUUUAAUUCGUCUCAUCCGUUAACUGUUAAGGCAGGCUUAGUAAAGUGUCUAACAAAUCGAGCCAUAGCACUAAGUAGCACAAAAAAAGACCUAAAUGAUGAAAUAAAACAGAUAGAAGAAGCGUUGGUGUUGAAUAACUAUCCUAUAAAAUUCAUUAGGAAGAUCACCAAAAACCAAAAGCAAAAUAAAAAUAAUGGUGAAACUAUUAAUGAUAACACAAAUAAGAAAGAAUAUAAGUCAUCCACUGUUAUACCAUAUAAGGAAAGCACAUCUGAGGCCCUACGUAGGAUUCUUAAUAAAGCAGGAAUUAGGGUGGCAUUCAAACCUACAAACUCACUCAGAGACAAGCUCUGUAGGCUAAAAGACCCGGUGGAUCCAAUUAAACAAAAUAAUAUAAUUUACAAAAUACCCUGCAAUAACUGUGAGGUCAACUACAUAGGUCAAACUAGUAGGUCAGGGAUAGUCAGAUUAACAGAACAUAAGAAUUUAGCUAAGGUAAGAAUGGUUGACCCUAAAAAGAUAAGUAAUUUAGAAAAAAGCUCAGCUAUUGCACUUCAUGCAAUAACAAACAACCACACAAUAGGGUGGGAUAGGGUUAAAAUUCUAAAAAGUAAUAUAGCUAAGUGGAGAGAGAGGUUGAUUACGGAAUCCUUAUUUAUCGAGUCCACACCCAACACAUGCAACAAAAAUGACUCAAUGCAAAUACCAGAGAUAUGGAAGAUAUUAUUACCGCAGGUCAAAUCAGAAGAGGGUAAUAAAUAAUAUUAAAAUUCUAUUUCAAUUCAAACACAUCACAACAUCCUAACAAAAAACUUAUUAUGACUAUUAAAACACUCGUCGUAUCUUCCAUCUGAUUAUAGUAGAUCAAUAACACUCGUAUUAAUGCCAUCAGUCAAACCAGAAGAAGAUAAUAAAUAAUCUUAAAAUUCUAUUUCAAUUCAAACACAUUCUAACAAGCAGCUUAUUAUGACUGUAAAAACACUCGUCCAAUUUUCCCAUCUAAUUGCAAUUGAUCAACAACACUCGUACGAUUAUUUCUGAAUGUACAUUAUCUCACAUUGAUUUUUAAUCCAAUAUCUAAUCCAUUCCACAUAUGUAUAUAAAUGAGAGAUCAAAGUUGUGUGAGUAACUUGAUAUG